CGAUACGUCCCUAGCGAGGCCUCUGGAGCCUCUAUCUGUUACACCUUACAUUCGCCCCCCGAAACUACCCACAUAGAGACAUGGAGGUCAAGCGAAUCACCGGAAUCCCCGAGACAGCAAUGUCUUUCCUCCGGCGCAUCGCCCGGGAAACUGAAUGCAUCGUCUGCCACGAUACGAUGAAACGGCCCAGGGUAGUCCGCUGCGGACACGCAUUCUGUGAAAAUUGCACUCUGAAGCUACGCCAUAUAGCGCCAGGCUGCCCCUUUGGGUGUUGUGAAGGGACCUACGGCGAAAGUGUGUGCUGGGUGGUGAGUUGAACUCGUUACCCGCCUGUUGCUCUCGCCCUCUCUCCUCCGUGUUUACCCCUCAAUCCU